AUGGGUCACAUGGAGGUGGUAUCUGAAACGACGAGCGAAGGGUAUUAUAUGCCGUAUCACCCAGUAAUAAAGGAGUCCAGUGUAGCGCCCAAGCUGCGUGUUGUUUUCAACGCGUCCGCCAAAACUACCACAGGGAAUUCGCUAAAUGACGCACUGUUUGUCGGGCCUCAACUGCAACAAGAUCUAUACUCCAUAUUGCUGCGCUUCAGAACGCAUCGGUACGCGGUAACCGCAGACGUCGCGAAGAUGUACCGACAAGUCUGCGUUUCACCAAAGCAAGUCGACUUGCAGCGAAUCGUUUGGCGUCCCGAUCCGUAUUCACCAAUUAAGGAUUACCGGAUACUGCGCGUAACGUAUGGGGUGGCCGCCGCGUCUCACUUGGCAGUAAAGUCGAUGCAACAAACUGCUAAGUGCCCGUUUAGUAGCUGCAAGGAAGCCGUGGCUGUAAUCCUCAAGGACUUCUAUAUGGACGACUUAUUAACUGGGGCUUCUUGCAAAACAGAACCUAAGUCACUUCAACAAGCUGUAUCUGGCAUUCUCAAAGAAGGCGGCUUUGAACUGCGGAAGUGGGCAUCUAACUGUGCAGAGCUAAAUGAGAGUAUAUCCAACGCAUCUCAAAAUAUACCGCAUUACAUGGUCAACGAUAAGGACGUUAACGCGCUAGGCCUCAUUUGGAACAUAGAAGGCGACUAUUUCACAUUCACAGUGGACCUGAAUCGGCCACCUGCUAUUCUAACUAAGAGAGCCUUUUUAUCUGACGCCAGUACUAUUUUCGAUCCACUGGGUUUGCUUGCACCUGUGACAAUAAGGUCCAAGAUGUGGAUUCAGGACAUUUGGCGAGCCGAUGUUGGAUGGGACGAGCUGAUACCAGGCACAAUUGCAAGGCUGUGGGUUGAUCAUCGUUCACAGCUGCAGCAAUUGGCGAACUUGAAGGUGAAUCGCUGGCUCGGCUCUGGAACGUUUGGAUCGCUCACAGAGUUGCAUAUUUUUGCUGAUGCUUCUGAGCGCGCUUACGCUGCAGUUAUGUACGCCCGUACUGUUCACAGCGAUGGCCACGUCACAGUUGCAGUAGUUUCGUCCAAGACCAAAGUGGCGCCAAUAAAACCAACUUCUUUACCUCGCCUGGAACUGUGCGCGGCCCAUCUUGCUGCCAAGUUGGUAAAAGUGUAA